GGUGAUGGUUAUUGAUCAUAAAUACUAAUGACUGAUCAAUAUGAAGUAAUUGCCUUGAUGCAUGACACUUCACUGUCUUAGCAACAAUGGAAAUGUAUUGAAGAAAGUUAUGUGUUUUUAUGAAGGAGAGGGUUAGAUAAUGUGACUGUAAGGAAAAUAUGGCUUUUAUAUGCUGGGGAUGUGUAAAAACAAUGUUUUUGCACUUCAAAUUGCUUCAAAUGUGACUUCAGGCUUUUAACUUUUCACAUCUGUAUCGCUGAAGCCCAGAACCGUGUCCUGUCACUGAUAAACACAAACCAAAUGUGUUUCAUAUUCUUUCCACUAAGAAGUAACCAGAAAGUGUUAUGUAUAAAUCUGUUUCAUAUGGUGAUGGUUAUUACAAGACUUGUAAGACUGUUGAAUAUUUUGAUCCCUACAUAAUAUGCACUCUUCUGAAAACAUGAGAGGUUGGCAAGUGGUCUAUGAAGCUGAUUCUUAUUCCUUGUGUUGAUACCGUGUAUGGCAGAAUUAGUUUGAAAAAGUUCUUGGUUAUUUACAAUAAAGUUUAUUAAUGAGAAUAUGUAUUCACAAAGAAGAGCUAAGAUCUCUCAUCUCUUAACUAGAUUUCUACAUGAAUUUUUAGGUUUGACUCCAGCCAGUAAUCUAACAAUUUUCUCUUGUAAAGUGAAUAUCUUUUUUACUGUUUGAUGAAUUACCCCCACAAAUUUUUCCAUACUUCAUUAUAGAGUGUUAGGAGGAGAUGAUACUGGGAGAAUGAAAAGGACCAAUGAAGACCUUACUCCAGAAGAAAAGUGGAGGCUGGAGCAUAUAAAACUUCAUAAGCAUCAUGAAGGACAUGAAUCUAUGCAUGCAGAAAUGAUUCUUAUUCUUCUUGUUACUUUGGUUGUGGCUCAAAUCGUUCUAGUCGAAUGGAAGAAGAGGCAUUACAGGUCCUAUAUGUUUUCUACUCUUAUUGGUAUGUGGAUUAUUCCAUUGUUAUUGUGCCUGAAGAAUCAAUGGUGGCGUUUCAUAUUCUUAUGGCUACUGUUUUCCUGUAUAACUAGUCUAGUAGUGAGAAAAGCCAUUCAGAAACCAAUUGAAGGUACAACCCCAAGAUUGGUCUACAAAUGGUUUUACUUCCUCUACAAAUUAAGUUAUGCUCUGGGCUUAAUAGGAUAUGUCAUCAUGAUGGCUACAUUUUUUGGGUUACAUGUAGUAUUUGAUGCUAAACCACAUACAUGGAUGGAUGUUGGAUUGCUCUUUGUAUUUUAUGGUCUAUAUUAUGGAGUUUUGGGCCGAGAUAUAGCAGAAAUAUGUGCUGACAAAAUGGCAUCACAUAUUGGGUACUACACAGAUCAUGGCAUGCCCACAAGGCAUCUUGACUCGGGAGUGUGUGCUGUAUGUGGUAACAAAUUGUUGGUGCAGGAAAAUGAAGAAGGAGUCUUGGAGAAUACGUAUAAGCUCUCUUGUAACCAUGUAUUUCAUGAAUUUUGUAUUCGAGGAUGGUGCAUCGUGGGUAAGAAACAAACAUGCCCAUAUUGCAAGGAGAAAGUGGAUUUGAAGAAGAUGUUUUGUAAUCCAUGGGAGCGACCCCAUGUACUUUAUGGUCAACUGUUGGAUUGGAUUCGGUGGCUAGUAGCAUGGCAACCUCUAAUUCUCUUUCUUGUUCAAUGCAUAAACUGGGCACUGGGACUGGAAUGAAUAUUAUGGCUGUGAAUUUUGAAUACAUAUUUAUAUCACCAUUGAUUAAAGUUUCCUAUGUAUGAAAGAAGAUUUGUGUGUAUGUGAAUAUUCAAGGUGUGAGGACCAGGAAUUUGCCAGCAUGUAAAAAUACCAAGCUUUGCAUUUGAAUGACUGGAAAUAUUUUUAAGGUUUUGUAGCAACAGUUCUACAGUCCAAAGUAUUUAUGAGUUAAGAUACAUGUCAUACAACUGUAAGGAAUAUGCAUUAAAUUUUUAAAAGAUACCUGUUA